CAGCUCCCACGUUCCCUUUAUAAAUAUUGGCCCUGACCGUCCCUGCGUGGAUUAUCCUUAUCGAGAUUCGAGAAGAUAAAUCGAUAAUUGGAAGGAAAUGGCGUGCAGUAAGCCGAACCGGAGCGACGUUCCUCUAUCAAGGGAGGAGGCGGCCAGGAGAGAGGAAGAAACGAGGGAGUAUUUCCACGGAAUCGCUCCCAAACGCCACACUAAGCCUCAGCGCAGCGAGUACUCUUCUAACUAUGCCGACGAUUUCCCUAAUUUCGAUCAGAAUAUUCCCGAACUUGCCAAGUUUCAACAGCUGGAGAACGAUCCUGAGAAACUGGUUUACAAUGGGAGAGAAGCCACAGAGGAAUACAUGGAGACCGAGUACUACAAAGAUCUGAACUGCGUAGACAAGCAACACCACACAACGGGAACGGGUUUCAUCAAGAUGGAUAACGCGAACGGUAAUUGCUUUAGACUGGCACCGGAUUCGGAUUCCGGCUACCAUGCUUCGUGGAAGGGAAAUCCGGCAACUAACGACUGGAUUCCGGCAGCAGCUGAUAUGAUAAUUCCGGGUUCCGACAAGCCCAAUAGGAGCGACAAUUGAAUAAAAGGAAGAAACUAUUGAUUUCUUCUAAAUUAGAUGAUGAGAAUGACGACUGCAUUGCUCGAAUAAUUGUAUGCACAAAAUGUAAUGAUACGAUAAAAUGGGCAUGCUAAAUCUGCAUGAAUACUUCCCCGUGUUGUCUGAGUAAUGUGUUAAGUUCAUGGCUAUAUGUCCUCGUCUGGCUGGCUCACUUGCUUACCAAAAGAGCUCUUUUUUCUAUUUCAAGUGUGUUCACAGUUCACUUGGUCUGUUCUCUGUUGUUCCAGAUUUUCUUUUCUCAGCACUCUUAACUGAUUGUACCUUGAGCAAUUGAUUUUAAUGAAAUCUACUCUUUAAUCAA